CCCGUGCGUGUGUCUCCCUGUGUGUCAGAGGUGUAGUCUACGUGAUACGCAGGUAUACGCCGUAUACCCACUAAGAAAGCUCCAGCAUUUCCGUAUGCCCACUUAGAAAUGCACAAUGACACGUAUCAACUUCGAUAGUGACAGAAGUUCUGUUUAUUUAAUGAAUGAAAGUAUGACAGCUCUGUCACAGAACUGUCACACUUUCAUUCAUAAAUUCAACCUGUGCGCUGUGUCUCUGUCAGAGUCGCACUUUUCCUUGUCGGAAGUUGGAAAGUCCCGAGUUCCGAGUACAAUGGAACGCAGCAUUAUAAUAGCCAUACAGAGGCUUCCGUCCAUGGCCCGUGCCCGUGACCGUGGUGACCGCCCGUGACCUACACCUGACGUCACGUCACCUAGACGACUGCGAUAUCAACUCAGUCGGCGCCGAGGUGAUGUCCAGCGGCUCAACAGUAAAUAUGAAGCGGAAGCAACAAACUACCCUUAGCCAUUUAAAAAAAAAAACAAGCCUGCUGCUGCCUCGGACGACACUCCAGCAGUCACUAGGACGUUAGAUGAAGAAGAGGGAACUACAGCGGAGCCUGAUGCCAGCAGUGUAUCGGGUUGUGCUAUUUGCAGCUCAACAAAAUCUACUGGUGUCUUAACAGAGAAAAGAAUUUCCAUAUCUGAGCAGUGGGCGAUGUUUAAGAUCCAGUCAUCAGGCUCAAGCAGACCAACAGCCCUGGCCUCCUUGAGAAACAAGAUCAGACAGCAUGAGAUGUCCAGGGCACACGAAAUAGCUCAGGAGCUCACUGAAAAGGGUGGACAGGAUUUACUUGGGAAUCUUGUGAGAGCUGUGUCAGACACUGUUAACUGAGACAAAUGCUGCAUUCAGAACAGCAUAUUAUCUUGCCAAGAUGAACCGACCUUUCUCUGACCAUGACGAUCUCAUUGAGCUUCAGGAAAAAAACGGUGUCAACAUGGGCACAAGUCUGCACUCAAGGUUCAGUUCAAAAAAAAUUGUGGAACACAUAGCAAAAAAGAUGCAGACAAAAAUAGUUGACAGCAUUGUGUCAUCUUCAAGCAAGCUGUCUGUUCUCAUUGAUGAGGCAACUUCUCUCAGCCAUAAAGUCAAGUCAAGUCAAGUCAAGUCAAGUCAAGUCAAGUUUAUUUGUCACAUACACAUACGAGAUGUGCAGUGAAAUGAAAGUGGCAAUGCUCGCGGACUUUUGUGCAAAAGACAAACAACAAAACAACCAAACAAAUUAUAAACACAAUCAUAACACACAUAUUCUUUUACAUAAUAAAUAAUGGAAGGAAAAACGUUCUGUAGAGUUAGUCCCUGGUGAGAUAGGCGUUUACAGUCCGAAUUGCCUCUGGGAAGAAACUCCUUCUCAACCUCUCCGUUCUCACCGCAUGGCAACGGAGGCGUUUGCCUGACCGUAGCAGCUAGAACAGUCCGUUGCAGGGGUGGAAGGGGUCUCUCAUGAUUUUGUUUGCUCCGGAGUUGCACCUCCUGUUGUAUAGUUCCUGCAGGGGGGUGAGUGAAGUUCCCAUAGUUCGUUCGGCCGAACGCACUACUCUCUGCAGAGCCUUCUUGUCCUUGGCAGAGCAAUUCCUAAACCAGAUGGUAAUGUUCCCGGACAAGAUGCUUUCCACCGCCGUUGCGUAGAUCAACCAUGAUUGUCAAUGUGAAGGCCUCUUUAGAUGGAGCUACUCCUGAAUUUGUUUUUUUUUUGGACCUGGUGGAGCUGGAAAGCCAGAGGGCAGAGUCUAUAGAGGAAGCUCUAUUAAACUGUUUGGACACUGCAGGCUUUAGUGAAGAGUGGCUUCAAAACAACUGGAUCUCAUUUGUUUCUGAUGGAGUCAGUGUUAUGUUAGGCAAAAAACUCUGGUGUGGCAACCAGGCUGACUGCAAGGUACCCUAACCUCUUCACAUGACACUGUAUGGACCACCGUCUAGAACUGGCUGUAAAUGAUGCUGUGGAUGAGGUUCAGGCAGUCAACCACUUCAAAGUUUUCAUGGACAAACUCCACAAUCUCUACAGUCAGUCCAAUAAAAAUUCACGGGAACUUAUGGAAGCAGCACAAGAAGUGGGCUCACAAGUCCUGAAGAUUGGCAGAGUUUUAAACACCCGAUGGGUUGCCAGCAGUUUCCGUUCUGUAAAGGCUGUGUGGAGGUCAUACGAAGCACUUAACAGACACUUUGAGAAUGCUGCAGGAGACCAAACAAGAAACGGCAAAGAGAGGCAAACCUACAGAGGCCUGGCACGUCGUAUGCAAAGCAAGGAAUUUCUUUGUGACCUUGGACUCAUGUAUGAUGCACUAUCUGAACUUUCAAACCUGUCCCAGCAAUUACAGGCCCAUUCAAUCACACUUUUAAGAGCAGAACAGCUGCUGAAGCGCACCAUCCGAGUGCUGGCAUCAUUUAAAGAUUCUCCAGGAGAGAAAUUGGAGGAAGCAUUGAAAGCACAGGCUUUGGGACAGUUUGGAUCAGUGUCCCUGGAGUCAAAUGCUAAGCUCAUGCCGAUCAAUACAAAGCAGUUCCUACAAAGUCUGAUCAACAACAUGGAGAAGCGGCUCUCAUUUAAGGAUGAAAUUCUUCAUGAUCUCAGCAUUCUGGAUUCAAGCACCUGGCCAUCAACACCUGGCAUACGGCACGGUGAGUCACAGGUAAAACCACUGUGCAGGCGAUUCAAUCUUUGUCAAGAACAAGCUGUCAAUGGAAUGAGAGAUUUCAUCGAGCACCCAGAGAGUGAACCUGAAUGCCUCAAACCACUCAUCCACUGCAUGCAGACCAUCCCUUGCAGCACUGCAGAGUGUGAAAGGGGCUUCAGUCUGAUGAAUAUUGUGUACACAGACCAAAGAUCUAGAAUGUUGUUGUCUAGUGUCAGCAAUUUGAUGAUGAUCAGCAUCAAUGGGCCCCCUGUAAGCCUUUUUGAGCCAAGCAAAUAUGUAUCAACAUGGUUACGAAGCCAUCGCUCUGCCACGCAAGCAAGAAGGCAGAGCACACCUCAGAUGCCUGAGUACAAGCAAAUUUGGAAAGUUUUGUAAACUAGCAGGCUACUACAUUUAAAGUGAAAAACAAUUGUUGACAAAAUCCCUUUUAGUGGAAUACAAACACUUUUCCAUACCUGCUACAGUAGCAAGUAUGGAAAAGUGUUUGUAUUCCACUAAAUAUCCCUCAUGUAACUGUGUAUUCACCUUUGUUUGUUACUUUUUUACAAUGAAGGGAUUGUGGUGUUUGUUUUAUUUUACAUGGGUCAUGCGCCCUCCGCUGGUCGUUUUUGCGGAUGUACUGUUUUUCUUCUCUGUUAAACACUGAACAGAUGUUAUUUGCAUAGGACUUACUGUGAUUGAAAACGUGUAUUUUGUGAUGCUGUGUGAUUGCUGUAUUAAGUAUGAGUGUGAGACGUCUUAGAACAGUUGCUGAUAUGUUUUAUUUAUUUUAAUUUAUUAUUUAAGUAUUUUUGUAUGGGAAACAUAAUUCUAAAGAACAUGUUUUUUUUUGUAUUUUUGCAUUUAUUGUUUCUUAUAUAGGAUAUUUUAUUUUAUUGAGUUGUAAUUGUUUCUGACAAAUGACUAACUCUGUUUUUUCUUGUCUCAAAACUCUAAACAGAGCAUGCAGCAGCAGCAGCAAUAAAUGUCCUGUGCAAAAGACUCAAGUAUCCCGUCGUCUCCUUAGCACAUUAGUACUGAGGCCAGGCCGGUUACAUAUACAGUAGUACAGUGUUUAUAUAGCCAACAGUUACUUAUUUAUUGAUGCUUUAUAGUUUAUUUGAUGCUAGUGCCUAAUGGUGAUUUUAAUUUGACUGUUUAUUGUCCUAGAAACUGAUGACAAUAUCGAGUGUUGAAUAAUCUCAAUUACUUAUGGUGGUUGUAGGCUACUGUAUGUGACAGUGAGUGUGGCGGUGUUUAUAGGACGGGUGUGGAAGAGGCUAGGAGGGAAUCAUCACAGUAUACCCACUACAAAAAACUAGACUACACCACUGCUGUGUGUGUGUGUGUGUAUCUGUGUGUGUGUGUGUGUGUGUGUGUGUGUGUGU